GUUGUUGCUUCUGUGUCUGCGCCGGCGAACAGCCCAAUGAUGUCUGGCUUGAGACAAUGUAGCGGUCUGAAGUAACCGCAAAGCUAUCUCCAAAGAUGGGGAAUGGAGAGGUAAUGAAGCUGGUCACCAGAGUGGAGGUCAUAUGUUUUGCUCUCCUCCACUUUUCAUUUCCCUCCCCUCCACACCUUCGUCUGCUCAUCUCCACCAGCUUAUUCUUAUCACAUACUGCGGAAGUCCUCGUCAUUCAAUGCUCAAGUCAAUCCAAAUUAAGAGCCACAGAAAGGCGCCAGUACCGGUUCGAGUACCAACCCCAGGUCCUUAGAGCCAAACAUCGUCAGAAAUCCCGGGGAUAGCGGGCCAGCGCAAGCCACCGCGGCCACUUGCUAUGAAUGAUAAUAUGGAAGAGAACAAACCCGACCAGCCAUGCUGCAGGGGGAACAGCACAAUCAAGGGCUACCGAGGACGCAUCAAUCUCCUGCUGGUGCCAUUUUUCCCCC